AUGUCGUCGACCUCUGCGUCUGCGACGCCGACGCCGUCGCCGACGCUCUCGUCGACGGUGCACCGCGGCUCGCGCUCGCCGCCCGCCGCGCCGCCCACGCUCACCAUCACGCCGCCGAGCGCCGGCGGCGCGGGCAGCGGCGACCUCGAGGAGAAGACGGGCGGCCUGGACCGGCCGUCAAAUCGGCGGCGCUCGAGCUCGAUUGUGCACGUCGAGAAGAUCCAGAUGUCGCCCGUGGAGCUCCUCGACCAGUCCGCCGGCUUCAACGCCAACGCCGAGUGGGUCAACUACAAGGGCGCGUGGGUCAUCCACGUCGUCCUGAUCGUCGUGGGCAAGAUCCUGCUCGACGUGGUGCCGGGCAUGGAGCAGGACACGAGCUGGACAUGUGUCAAUCUGAGCUAUAUCGCGCUGUCCUACCUCAUGUUCCACUACGUGCAGGGCACGCCGUUCGAGAGCAACGCCGGCGCGUACGACGCAUAUACGCUCUGGGAGCAAAUCGACCACGGCGCGCAGUACACGCCCGCGAAGAAGUGGCUCACCAGCGUGCCGAUUGGGCUCUUCCUCAUCUCGACGCACUACACGCGCUACAACCCGUGGCUCUUUGCGCUCAACUUUGUCGCGACCGUCUUUGUGCUGCUGCCCAAGCUGCCAAUUCCGGCCCGGCACGCCUACGAUCUCGCGCCCCAACAGUGCCGCGGGCUGGCGCUGAGGCGGCCGGGCGAGGCGUGGUGCGACACGACAGACUCUGCGCUACGCAUGCAGCGAUGGAUGGCUUGCGCACUCUACGGGCUGGCCGGGCGGCCGCUGCUGGCGGCCACCGCGUGCGUCACGUCGGCCGCCGUGCUGCCCCUCUCGUCGCCCCUCGCCGCACGCCAGGCGACAAGCGCCGGCCCCGUGUCGUGGAACGGCAAGGCGUUCAGCAUCAACGGCGAGGAGGUCCUCCUCUACGGCGCCGAGUUCCACCCGUGGCGCCUGCCGGUGCCGUCGCUCUGGCGCGACCCGCUCUCGAAGCUCAAGGCAUCGGGCGUCAACACCAUCUCGAUCUACACGCACUGGGGCCUCAUCAUGCCCUCGCCCGACGCCGCCUCGGUGAGCCUCGAGGCGCCGGCAAAUCGCCUGGCCGACUUCCUGCAGAUCGCCAAGGAGCUCGGCCUCUUCGUCAUCGUGCGCCCGGGCCCCUACAUCAACGCCGAGACGAACAACGGCGGCAUGCCGGGCUGGGUGCAGAACCUGGAGACGCAGCUGCGCGUCAACACGUCCGCCUUCGCCGACGCCUGGAAGCCCUACGUCAAGGCCGUCGUCGACGCCUCCGUGCCGUACCAGUACAAGGCCGACGGCAGCGGAGGCACCGUGCUGGCAUACCAGGUAGAGAACGAAUUUCAGCAGACGCCGUCGAUGGAGGCGUACUUCGAUGAAAUCAUCAGCUUCUACCACGCCAACAACGUCACGGUGCCCACGACUUUCAAUGCACUCUCGGGCACCAGCGACUACGUCAACUCGACGACGCUUGACAUCUGGGGCAAGGACUCGUACCCGCAGAGCUUCGACUGCGCGCGCCCCGACACGUGGAGCCGCGUAGACAACUACACGUCCUACUCGACGCUGCGCCCGAGCAACCCGCCGACGAUCCCGGAGUUUCAAGGCGGCUCGUACGACGCCUGGGGCGGCAGCACGUACGACAACUGCGCGCUGCUCACCAACUCGAGCUUUGUGCGCGUAUUUGAGAAGGGGGCGCUGAGCGACGGCAUCAAGCUGAAGUCCAACUACAUGGGCUUCGGCGGCACCAACUGGGGCAACCUGGCGUACGGCGGCCUCGUGUACACGAGCUACGACUACGGCGCCGGCAUCAGCGAGAAGCGCAUCAAGCGCGAGAAGCUCGGCGAGAUCGGCCUCGUCGGCUCGUUUGUGCAGUCCUUUCCGGCGUUUGCGGCGGCGAGCGUGGUGCUGCAGGGCACGAACCUCGGCGUGUUGGAGCAGGACGGCGACGUGGCUGUCUCGCACCUGGCCAACGGCGACGCGGCGUGGUACUUUGUGCGCCAAGCCGAUUCGUCGUCCAGCGCCACGACGACAUUCCGCAUCUCCGUCGACGCCGCUGGGCAGCAGCUCACGCUGCCGACCAACGGUAAAGCGACGCUCAACGGCCGCGACGCCGUCAUGAUGCCGAUCCACUUCAAGCUGCCCUCGGGCACCGUGCUGACGUAUUCGACGGCCGAUGUCAGCUUCGCCGGCGCUGUGGACAGCCGCGACGUCGUCUUCCUGCACGGCGAGGCGGGCCAGAACUACGAGUUUGCCCUCGAGAGCGGCUGGACGCUGUCGAGCAGCGACGACGGCGUGACAAUCCGCGACAAUGUCGUCAACUGGACGCCGAUCGCCAGCGGCGCCCUCACCGUGACGGCCACGCGCUCGGGCAGCUCGGACAUCCUCUUCCGCCUCGGCGACAGCUUCUAUGCGCGCAGCCUGACGUUCCCCUCGGAGGCCAACAUCACCUCGCUCGACGGCAUCCUCGGCCGUACGGACCGCAUCGUCGUGCAGGGUGCCUACCACGUUGCCAACGCCAGCACGUCGUCCGGUGUGCUCGCGCUGUUCGGCCAGCUGAACGGCACGAGCUCCACGCUCGAGAUCGUCGCCCCUUCUGCUGUCACUAGCGUUACGUUCAACGGCGCGCAGGCCACGUCCUCGCGCAGCACGGACUACGGCUCGAUCGUUGCGGCGUUCGACGGUGCAUCCUCGGAGGCCGAGGCGUACGAGGCGCCGGCGCUGACGCAGUGGAAGGUGGCCGACUCGCUGCCCGAGAUCGCCGCCGACUACGUCCCGGAUGACAUCUGGAAGAGCGCCAAUCUGACGAGCACGCCAAACGCCUGGUUCGGCGAGGCGACGACGAAGAACGUCCUCUUCGCCGGCGCAUACGGCUUCCACUCGCAGGGUGCCGUCCUGUGGCAGGCGCGCUUCUCGCGCAACGACUCGGGCAGCGCGCCCACGCGCCUGGCCGUCAGAUACAUUGGCGGCAAGUUCUUUGCCUCGUCGACGUGGCUCAACGGCCAGCUUGUGGGCGCUACGGACGUGCCGACGGACACGCAAGUGGCCAACGCGACAUUUGAUCUGCCAGCCGAUGCGCUAAAGGACGGCGAGAACGUCUUUACGGUGUUGAUCGACUCAACGGGCCUGGAAGAAAUCGGCUCGAUCGAGAGCGCCGAGGGCUACGAGUACCCGCGCGAGAACACAAAGCAGCCGCGCGGCAUCCUCGGCUUCGACCUGCUGGCCGGCAAUGCUACGGUCGAUGCAUCGCUGGCAUGGAGCGUCACCGGGAACCGCGGCGGCGUGGACUUCCCCGACAAGACGCGUGGCCCGCUCAACGAGGGUGGCCUCUACGGAGAGCGCCAGGGCUGGCACCUGCCGGGCUUCGAUGACUCGCAGUGGGCCAGCGGCGCGCCAAACGCCUCGGACGCCGUCGCGGGUGCAGGCGUCAAGUUCUUCCGCACCUCGUUCGACCUUGCGCUGCCGGCGGGACACGACAUCCCGCUGAGUAUCGUGUACGGCGGCAACGCCAGCGAUGCGACGCAGGUGUGGCGCAGCAUGCUCUUCGUCAACGGCUGGCAGUACGGCAAGCGCUUCGUGCAGUUUGGCCCGCAGGUCAACUUUCCCAUCCCGCCCGGCAUCCUCAACCUCAACGGCACCAACACGCUGGCCGUGUCGCUGUGGUCGCCCGACGCCAAGGGCGCGUCGAUCCCGGCGCUCAGCAUCGAGAAGCAGGGCGUCUUUGCCGGCGCCGUGCCGUACGACCUCAACAACCCGACGUACCAGGAGAGCGGCCGCACGGCCGCGCGGCGGCGGGAGAUGCGUACCGGCGUCACGUGCGCCAGGAUUUUGGCCCAAGGCUCGAGAAUGCGGAAGUCGGCCAGACCUCGCCGUCUCGCAGACACUUCGCUCUGCGCCGCCGCACGCCAGCACUGGCUUCGAGUCCAGCCUGCUGUGCAGCCGCGCGCUUCUGUCCUCCACCUCGCCCUCGCUCUGCCCGCGCCGCUGCAGCCUGCCGCGAGCCGCAGCGAGAGCGGCGAGCGGCCGACGGGCGGCGCCAUGGACCCGCAGCAGCACGACGCCGAGCUCUUUGCGCAUCAGCGCGCCCUUGAUGCUGCGGCGGCCGUGGCGGCGGUAGCGGCGCAGCACCAGGCGGACGAGGAACAGGCGGCGGCCGAUGCCGAGGAGGCCGAGGCGCAUGCAGCCGCGGCUGCUGCCAGGGCCGCCGGCUCUGAGGCGGGCCAUGCCGGCGACGGCUCGCCGCAGACGUACGAUGAACAGCAAGCGCUCGUGCAGCACGGCCGUUCGCCGCACAGCGGCCUCGAGCACCAGCAGACGCCCGAGGAGUUCGUGGUUGCCGCUGCAGCGGCUGCAGCGGCCGCUGCCCGCAAUGACGGCGGCAGCGGGGAGCACGAGCACCACGCAAUGCUGCAGCAGCAUGAUGAGUCUCUCGCCGAUACCUCACGCAGCAGAGCAUCGGGUGCCGGCCAGUCAAAGCGGCGAAAGAUCAACACCUGCCUGCCGUGCAAGAGGCGCAAGGUGCGCUGCGACAAGGUGAAGCCGCACUGCGGCCAGUGCAAAAAGUACAACAUCGAAGAGAUGGAGUGCACGUGGAGCGUCGACGUCGACCCGGCCUUCCAGCCGCAGCCGUCGCUGUCGACGGACAUGUACGACUCGAGCUGGUAUGCGCCUGCAGCGAACGACAAUGCUUCUGCGUCGUCAUCGACGCAGGGCGGUGCGUGGAACGGGGAGGUCGCGCGCCUGAGCGACGAGUACGGCAGGCUGGCAGAACGCAAUCAGCGUCUCGAGGCGGCGCUAGCACACACGCUCGCGCAACUCGCCGGCGGAUCUAGCGAUCUGGGCUCGCAAGCCGACCCACUGGCUGCAUUUGAGGCGCGCAGCGGCGCCAUUGGCGGGGCCGCCCAUGGGCAGGGCUCAGCAGAGGCUAGCGGCUCGAACGGAGACUUCUCCGCGCAUCAGAUGGGUCAGCUCGGCCCGGAGAUGCGCAGCAGUGACGAGCCCGACGGCCAGGCCGGCGCGGCGAGCGGCCUGUCCGGCGCCGAGCUGGAACGCGGCAUCGCGGCAGAUGCGCUUGCCAUGAUCGCCCGGCACCACACCGGCCUGCAGAACGGCUUCCUCGACUUCGACGCCCUCAAGACUGCUGCCGACAGCAGAUCUGAAGCAGGGCCGAGCUCGCGGCCGCGCUUCCCGUUCUCGGCGCGCCUCACAGAGACGCUGCUGCGCGAUGCGCUCCAUCUCCUGCCGCGCGACGAGAAGCUCUUUGGCCUGCUUGAGGCGGAGAAGUCGCUGCACCUGAACGGCUUCUCCACCGGUGUCAGCCACCGCCUGAUCGACCUGCAGCUGGAGGCUCUCCGCUCGGAGCUCGAGCACUGGCAGCAGAGCGGCAGUGACGCCUCUCUGCCCACGCUCGACGUGACCUUCCUCGCGCUCCUCUUCUUCCUCGCUGCCGCAGGCGUCGAGUGCACAGAGCCGCAUACGCUGAUGUACAACCAAAUCGUGCGCGCGGAGGCGGAGGUCGAGGAGCUCACGGACACGUACCGCGCGAUGGGCCAGACCCUGCUCUCGGCAGUGGACUUCAUGGAGCAGGCGAACCUCAACGUUCUCAUGUGUCUAGCGACGAGCCGCCAGCACGCUCUUAUGCGCAGCCGCUUCAAUGAGCAUGCCACGAUGGCCGCGCUCACGCUGCGCACCUGCGCCACGCUCGGUCUGGACCGCCUCGGAAGCGCUUACGACGAUCAGAUGCGCUGGCUCUCAUCACCACCGCCGAGCCCUCCGCAAGGCACGGUCCGCGCCCGCUCGACCGGCCAGAUCACCACGCCCUUCUGGUCGACGCCGGAGCCUCGGGCCGAGGCAGCGACGUGA